AAUCUCGCGUGAUGAGACUUGAGGCGGCGGGGUUUUCAGUAAAACAGGAGGCAAGGCAUUUGCCAUUAACAGCUGAGCGAGAGAUCUUCUUAGGAUGGAAUCGCUGUCAAAGGAAAGUUACCUUUCAAGUUUUCACCAGUUUCCUUCGUAUGCUCCUUUGCCUGACCAUAUCAAAUUUGAAUCUGUAUCAUCCAAGAAAAUACAGUGUUCUGCACUGGAAAACAUCAGUCCUCAUCAGUAUGACAUUCUUCAAGCACCAAACAGUAGAGCUCUAAUUUCUGCACUGAAGACUCUUCAAGAGAAAAUAUGUCGACUAGAACUGGAAAAAACUCAUGCUCGUGAUCGUUUAACAAACUUGACUAGAGUAGCUGGUGAGCACAAAAAGGUUCUGGAGUCUGAGAAACAGUCUGCAGAAUUGGCUGCAAAGGAAGCCACAAACCAACAAAAUGAUAUUGGCAAGCAGCUAAAUAAUGCCAAGCAGCGGUGCUCAUUACUUGAGAAACAGCUAGAUUACAUGAAAGAAAUGAUGGAGAAUGCUGAUACACAAAAGACCACAAUUCAUGAGCAUCAGAUGCUGACACAAAAAGAACAAAAGGAGAUACAAUCUAAACUUAAGAAACUUGAAGUACUGGAAAAGAUGUGUACUAGGCUCUCAGCCACACACAAGUCUGCAGAGACUAAAAUCCAGCAUUUGGAGGAAAAGCUUAGUGUUGAGGAGCAAAACCGGAAAGCACUGCAGGAUAAAGCAGCUCAGGUUCAAACUAGUUUGGAAGUAAACAGAAUUUUACUUUCUUCAGCUUCUGCUCAAAAUUCCACUCAAAGAAAAGUGAAGAAAAAGAAGCAGUCAAAGCUAAAAAAUUCUGUAAGCAAAGAGCCUCCUUCAAAAUGCUUUUACCCAAAGGCAGGAGAACUCCCCUUUGUCGCAGGAAAGUCAACAACUUCCAGCCAUUCUCUGAGUGCGAAUGUUCAGAACGUGUUGCACAUGAUGAAACACCACAGCCCACAGGUUUCACAAAAGAACCCUAAAACUGCUGAACACAAACCCUCCGUUUUGCCAGGUGGAAGUAGAACUAUACCCACGCGCUUAAUAUCUUCUUUUACCGGAGACAAUUUGUCUGACAUUUUGUUAGCUUUACAAGAUGAGCUGGGGCAAAUUAGUUUUGAACACCAAGAGCUUCUCAGGCAUAUCAAUGAAACAAAGAACACUGACAUGAAAGAAGAUCUAGAACGAGAACUAGAUUAUGUUGUGAAGCAAAUGGAAAUAAAAAGUGAUCAGAUAAUGAAAUUAAAACGUCAUCAGUUAAAUGUCAAUAAACUGAAGAAAACUGCUAAGUUACUAAAGGAACAACCUAGGCCUACAUCUGUAACAAAGUUGGCUGCAGAUAAGCAGAACACUGGUGCCAAAGAUCCGAGCACACCAAGGAGAAAAGGAGAUCUGGCAGAUGGCCCUGGUACCCCUAACAGCAAAGCUUCCCUUGAGCUCCUUAAAAGUGUGCGAAAAAUUCAGAUGACCUUAAAGAAAGAUGACAUAAUGUGGGAAAAAUAAUAUUAAAUAUCUAUUUUCAAUGUGAAUAUCCUUUUCCCCUAUUUACUUGGUUUGUCCUAUGAGCAACAAUGCCAUUGUAUUUUUAUAUUUUAAAUAAAGUUUUUAAACUUCA